AUGUGGAAUGCAUGUUAUAUUUGGAUGUGUCAAAAUUCUUUGUAAUUGAACCGCGAUUUCAAUUCAAGGCGCACGUGGUCGUUACACUUAAUAAACCAGGAAGUUAUUUUCAAUCUCGUUGAGUAAUAAUUAGAAAAAAACUGCGUUUUUCUUACGAAAUUAAAUUAAUUUCGUUAUUGCAACCUUUAGUUAGGUGCGCGAACCGCGUCAGUUGUUGUGUUACUUUCGCAAAAAUGUAAUUUUGCAAAAUGUGGCCGCAAAAAGGGAUCUACAGACUGCAGUCGGAAAAUAAGCUGCCCGUAACGCUAUGCACGUUAGGGGUUGGUGCCACUUUUGGAGAAUCGAUCCUUCAGGACCUUCCGAGGGACAGCACGGUCGUAACGCAAACAACAUGCGAGCUUCUUCGGGUCGAACAACAAGAUUUCAGGCUGAUAUGGGAGAAAAACAAGGAAUUGAUGAACGACCUCGUUGCCAACUGUAAAUUAAAGAAUGGUUUUGGGCCCGGUGUUAAUAGUAAAUCACCGAUGCAUCGUCCUAAAUCACCGCCGACACGAAGAUCGUUGUCGCCGGACCAGCCAAAUCCUGCCGAACCGAUUACGGACGCGCCCAGCACCGUUAUGGGUCGAAUUGGAUGGACUCUAAGAACGCUCUUGUUGAGCCAGAACACCUGCCUAAAGGAUCGGAAGGUGUCUGGGAAAUUGGUACGGAAGUGUGCUCCUGGUACGGAAUUGGUGGACUGGAUCUUAUCUUUGUCGCCUAUAAUUCACACGCGAGCGCAGGGCGCCGGCAUGUGGCAGGCUCUGUUGGAGGAGGGUGUGAUUUCGCACGUCGCAAAGGAACAGGGCUUCAAGGAUAAAUGCUUCUUGUAUCGGUUUUGGCAAGAUGAAGAGGGUGCGGGUGCGCUUCCAACAAUGGAAGACAUAAACACCGCCGAAGAGCAAAUACACGAAUCUCUCUCGACGCUGAUACAGCGCGGUCCAGAUGCAGUGCUUCGAAUGAUUUUAAGAAAACCAAGCCACGAAAGAUCUAGCGACGAUUUAGAAACGAUUUACGAGGAACUACUCCACAUUAGAGCACUGUCGCACCUAUCCAAUUCGAUUAAGCGAGAAUUAGCUUCGGCUGUCGUGUUCGAAGCGCACCCAAAGGCGGGGUCCGUCCUAUUUCACCAGGGGGAUGAAGGACGGUCGUGGUACAUUAUUCUGCGAGGCUCCGUCGAUGUAGUUAUCCACGGAAAAGGGACGGUCACCACGCUUCAGGAGGGCGACGACUUCGGCAAGCUGGCUCUUAUCAACGACGCGCCGAGGGCCGCCACCAUCGUACUGCGCGAAAAUAAUUGCCAUUUUCUUCGUGUUGACAAAGACAACUUCAAUCGGACGCUUCGUGACGUUGAAGCGAAUACGGUGAGGCUCAAGGAGCACGGAAAGGACGUGUUGAUUUUAGAGAAAAUUUCCACUCAACAAAAGCAGAGCUUUUCGCAUUUUAAAUACACUGUAAUGGCGGGAACUCCGCAAAAAAUGCUGGAGCACCUUCUCGAAACUCGCUUGGACGGUCGAGGAAAUUUCGGAGGGGGCGAUAAUUUCAUUAUGACGACCGCCCACGAUCCUUUCCUAGACGAUUUUCUUCUGACGCACGUCGUCUUUAUGCCAACUCAUCACUUAGUAGACGAAUUAGCUAAUCAUUAUAGGCUAGACUCCCCCAGUCAGGAUCGGGAAUUCCUACUGGCGUGCAAGAGUCGAGUGGUUCAAUUCGUUUACAAAUGGGUCACGACAAUUCGGCAGCCUGUAUUCGAUGACGAAUCGGCUGUUGAGUUUUUGGAAGACCUUGCAAGCGAAGUUGAGAAUGAUUGCAUUCAACUGGAUGCGUUACAGGAGGAGGCGUCUCUGAUGCACCACGCCAUGACACAAUUCAGAAGGUAUCAAGAAGAUCGAAAAGCGAAUUCGGGCCAAAAAUGGAAAUUGCCACCUUGUGGUCAACCUAUCGGUUUAUUUAGCGGAAAUAAGGACUCGAGAACGAUAAUAAUGCCACAAGACGACAUAAUUUUCAGGGUGUACUGCGCGGACCAUACCUACUGCACGUUGCGCUUACCGGUCGAUUCGACCGCCGAGACGAUUAAAUUAUGCGCCGCAGAUAAACUGAAAUUGAGACCAAACGACGAACUACUGCUGGUGGAGGUGAAAUCUAACGGCGAAAGGGUCACUUUCAAAGACAACGAUAUCAGCAUACCAACUGCGCUUAGUUUAAACGGAAGGAUAUUCGUAUCUCCCAAGGACCAUUUAGAUGCAUUGACUUGUUUAUCUGAACAAGAAGAGUCCACGCAAGGAAUUGAUGGAGAUUUAGAAUUAUUUAGUACUAAAGAGCUAGCUUAUUAUAUGACCCUUUUCGAUUGGGAUCUUUUUUGGUGUGUUCACGAAUAUGAACUUUUGUACCACACAUUCGGGCGCCACCACUUUGGACAGAUCACUGCAAAUCUAGACGUUUUCCUUCGUAGAUUUAACGAACUGCAAUUCUGGGUGGUAACAGAGAUUUGCAUGACUUCGAGCCUAAGUAAACGCGUAGCUGUUCUCCGAAAGUUCAUCAAACUCGCCGCAUAUUGCAAGGAGUACCAAAAUUUAAACGCCUUCUGCGCGAUCGUAAUGGGCUUAAGUAACAUGGCAAUAUCCAGGCUCUCGCUAACGUGGGAGAAGCUCCCGUCAAAAUUUCGCAAACUUUACACCGAAUUCGAAUCUCUAAUCGAUCCAAGUCGUAACCACAGAUCGUACAGGGUUAGUGUUAGUAAAUUACAGCCGCCAAUAGUACCAUUCAUGCCGUUGCUGUUAAAAGACAUGACCUUUACGCACGAAGGCAACAAAACUAGUCUGGACGGUCUGGUGAACUUCGAAAAAAUGCACAUGCUAGCUCAAACGCUGAGGACAAUUAGAUUUUGUAGGAGUCGACAUUUAGUGUUGGAUCCUCCGUCACCGAAGAGCGAGGGGGAGGUGAAAUCCUACAUCUCCUGUUUACGUGUGAUAGAUAAUCAACGGAUAUUAACCGGAAUGUCGCAAAAAUUGGAACCGAGACGAUCUUAGUGUGAUAAUGAAUAUUAAAAUGUAUUAUUAGUGACCAAUUUUUAAUACUUGCUUGUCUAAAAUUAGGUAGCACAAUAACUUUAAAUAAAUGUUCGGCUUUUGUCCA